AUGACAUACGAUGGGUUUUUAAAUGACAAUAACUACUGCAAGUCUAGGAGUAUGUCAAUGAAUUUUAGUGAUCACUCGGAUGACUGCGGUGGGAGUUCUGCUCCUCUUGGGGGGAAAGCAAACGACAAUGCGGGUACCCCUGUGAAUGGAGAGGAUAGCGUGGAUAGCGGGAAAGGGGACCAAAUCGAUGAACAGCGUGACAAUCAGGAGGGUGACGCGAAGGUGGAUGUAGAUGGGGAGGCGAAUAAAAACGGAGAAGCGAAUGAACAUGUUGGAGUUAAUGAAAACGGAAUGGUCCCCCGCGAUGGAGACAACGGGAAGGACGGCAAGCCAAAUGACGACAAGGGCGGGGGAGACAGAGGGGGCAGUGACAGUAAAGAGAAAGAGACCAAAGAAGCUAGUGACAGAGAGGAGGAAAAAGCUGAUGAGUACAACUGCGCAACGAACGACGGUGGUGAGAUAGAUGGCCGCGGUGAUAACCCUCAGGCAAACGAAGAAGGAGAAAAAAAUGGCGAUGAGGAGGAAGGGAUAGAUGAUGGCGUCGAUGCGGAGAAGGCCAACCCAGUGGAGGAAGUCAUCCCAAUGGAGGAAGACCCCCCAAUGGAGGAAGCCCCCCCAGUGGAGGAAGCCCCCCCAGUGGAGGAAGCCCCUCAAGUGGAGGAAGCCCCCCAAGUGGAGGAAGUCAUCCCAAUGGAGGAAGCCCCCCCCGUGGCGGACCUCCUGAGUGAGAUAUCGAAACUGAAGGAGGACAUAAAAAAUAUGAAGAAGGAGAAAAUACACCUACUGGCCAAAUUUAAGGCGUACACAUUGAAUAACAAAAGGGAGAUUGAACGCUUGGAGGGGGAGUGCAAAGGUAGGGGGGACGAAGUUAGAAUGCUGGAGGAGGAGUGCAGAGGGAGGGACAGUCAAAUUGAGCAGCUAAAGGGUGAAAUUGAGCAGCAUAAGGACCAAUGUGCGCAGCUUAAGGGUGAAAUUGAGCAGCUAAAGGAUGAACGUGUGCAGCUAAAGGAUGAACUUGCGCAGCUAAAGGAUGAACUUGCGCAGCUUACGGACCAACUUGCGCUGCUGCAGGAAGAGAAGGCAAAGAUGGAGAGCGAGGCGAACACCCACGCGGAGGAGGUGAAAAGGUUGCAGAGGGAAAACGAUAUCUUGAAGCGAAUGGAGGGGGAGAAGCGAAUGGAAGAGGAGAGGGCCCGAAUGGAAGAGGAGAGGGCCCGAAUGGAGGGGGAGAAGUGCCGCGUGGAGGAGGAGAAGUCCCGAAUGGAGGAGGAGAAGUCCCGAAUGGAGGAGGAGAAAACCCGCUUGGAGGAGGAGAAAACCCGCGUGGAGGAGGAGUUCCUCGCGUAUAAGAAAAAAGUAACCAGCCUGAUUAACGAGACAAACGAGAACUGGAAAAAUAUAGAAGAAAAAAAUGAAGCAAUUCAAAGACUGAAUAACUCCCUUUUGAAAUAUCAGCAGGAUAUUGAGUCAUACAAAAAUGAAGUGUCUACGAUGAGGGAAAAAUACAAGGUGCUGGAGGGGCAGGUUUGUAGAGAAAAAAGUAUGAGGGAGCAACAGAACGCUGUUGUAGCUGACUUGAAGAAGCAGAUGCAGAAGGAGAAGGCGGAUAUAAAGAGGAAGUUAAAGGAACAGUUUGAUGAGGAAUGUCAGCAGAAGGUUAACGAGGUGAAGGCUAUUUACAGUGAGAAGGAGGCAUUGCUGCAGAACAAGAUCCAGCUGCUCCUCCACCAGGUGGAUCGGAUGGUGUUCUCCAGCGAGGAGAAGUCGAAGGCGCAGCGGGCGCAGCAGUCAGGGCAGUCCGAGACGUCUGAGCAUCUAGGGCAGUCCGGGACGUCUGAGCAGCUAGGGCAGUCCGGGACGUCUGAGCAUCCAGCGCAGUCGACGGCGCCAGGCCAACCGCUACCCCCCCGGGGGGAUGCUGCGGGCGACCUUAGUGGCUCCACCACUGCGGAGAAAUGGCGAAGCGGAGGGGUCCAGGAGAAGACGGACUCCCAAGAACCGACUCGCUCAGAGAUUGACAGCGAGGGUAACAUCGACUCUGCUGUCCUCACAAAAAGCAACAGAAGGGAAGGCUUCCCUCACUUCGACUCCGCCAACCACUGCGAGAAGGACAAAAACGAUGAAGGCACCAAAAUACCUAUAUAUCCAAACGAGUACAAAAAAAUCAGGAAAAAACUCGAUAAAUACGAACUCGUCAUUAGCGAAGAAAAGAAGGACAAAAAAAACCUAUUAGAACACAUCAACGUGUUGACUAGCCAAAUAAAGAUCUAUGAAUCCAUUAGUGGGAACUACGAACACGCCUUGUAUCAGAAGAACAUCUUGCAAAAUUUUAUCGCGCAGAUCCCUUCUCAUAUCAAAAUUGACGACUACGUUUCGGUCAUUUACAACACCUUUAACUUCUCGGCUCAGGAGAUCGAGUUAAUAAAUGCCAAGCGUGCUAAGCGGUGA